AUGGCCUUCAAUCACAGGAUUGGUUUAUCCACAGUUUCUGCAAUAAUAAAUGAAACUUGUGAAAGUAUUUGGGGUUGCCUAACUCCAAUUUACUUGAAAAAACCGAAUGAACAGAUGUGGGAGCAGAAAGCAUCUACCUUUUUGGAUAUUACAAACUUUCCGAAUUGUGUCGGGGCUAUUGAUGGCAAGCAAGUUAUCAUACAAGCUCCCGGGAACAGUGACUCCCUUUACUUUAACUAUAAGGGAACUUACAGUGUAGUGCUUUUGGCAGCAUGUGACGCCACAUACUGCUACACAUUUGUGGACAUAGGUGCAUAUGGUAAGCAAGGAGACUCUACUAUAUUUUCAGAGUCCCAGCUGGGUAAACUCUUGUUUGAAGGAGGGCUUAAUCUGCCCUGGGACAGAUGCCUUCCCCAGGGCAAUGAAGAAUUGUCUCUUGUAUUCGUAGCAGAUGAGGCCUUGCAACUGAAAAAGAACAUAAUGAGGCCAUAUCCAGGCAAAAAUAUGAGUCAAGAUCAAGAGGCCUUUAACUACAGACUAUGCAGAGCCAGAAGGCUCAUUGAGAACACUUUUGGCAUAACAAGCAGUCGUUGGCGAAUAUUGAGAAAGCCAAUUGUAUCCUCGAUAUCAACGGUAGAGAAGAUAGUGAAAGCUGUUGUUUGCUUGCACAAUUUUGUUUGUCAAAACGAAGUUAAUUCUACUGUCUGCCAACGCAACGCCACUACUUGCCUUGUGCAUAUGCAGACUCAAAAGUGGAUGGCAUUAUAA